AUGCGUCCCGGUCAGCGGUGGUUGGCGAUCUGUCUACUCAUCACCACGUUCCACUACACAGAAAUGAGGCAUUCGGUCGACACCUUGAAUAUUGAGGACUCCGUCUUCCACAAGAGAAACAGGCAUCACCACAGGCACAAACAUAAACCUGGCCAAAUGUUUGAUCCAACCUUCUUUGCUGAUAAGCCUGAGGAGUUCUAUCCAAUAUUCAAUUUAAAGGAUGGGAUGCACUUAGUGGAUUAUGAAAUUACUCCCAAACAAGAAGCGAAAAGUGAUUGGGUGAACAUGUCCAACGACCAAGUUGGAGAGAUAAAGGACAAGAAACAUCAGCAUUGGCCUAUAAAGAGGGAAGCGGUGAUUGAAGGAGAUUUGGUGCUGGGAGGGUUAAUGAUGGUCCAUGAGAGGUCAGACAACAUGACAUGUGGGCCGGUGAUGCCUCAAGGAGGCGUGCAGGCGUUGGAGACGAUGUUGUAUACUUUGGAUAUUAUUAAUAAUGAUUUGAGACUGAUACCUGGCGUGACUGUUGGAGCUCAUAUCUUAGAUGAUUGUGAUAAGGAUACUUACGGGCUUGAAAUGGCUGUGGAUUUUAUAAAAGGUGUGUACCUAUAA